AAAAUGCCCGCCCCAUCGAAAGCAGCAGUCCUCUCUCCCACCGACGCCAUCGCCCAUCUCGCAUCUUAUCAAUGCUUAGAUGGUCUCUCCGUCAAGGAUCUCAUGGACUCCCGCGUCCAUGGCGGGCUCACUUAUAACGACUUCCUCAUGCUUCCCGGAAAGAUCGAUUUCCCUGCUUCUGAUGUGAUCACGGAUACUAGAAUCACUCGUAAUGUCGUUCUAAGAACCCCGUUCAUGAGUAGUCCUAUGGACACCGUCACUGAGACCGAAAUGGCCAUCAGUCUCGCGCUGCUGGGUGGUAUUGGUGUCAUUCAUCACAACCAGUCCCCCGAAUCUCAAGCAGCCAUGAUCCGAGCCGUGAAAAGACACGAGAAUGGAUUCAUCACGGAUCCUGUGGUCUUCUCUCCAAAUCACACCGUUGCAGACGUCCUUGAUAUCAAGGCGCGUCUUGGUUUCUGCGGUAUCCCUAUCACAGAAACCGGAUACCUGGGAGCUAAGCUUGUCGGUAUUGUCACCUCGCGUGACGUGCAGUUCGAGUCGCCCGAGACACUCCUCUGUGACGUCAUGACUACCUCUCUUGUCACCGCUCCUCAGGGUGUCACGCUCGGGGAAGCCAACCAGAUCCUCCGCGCAUCUAAGAAGGGCAAACUCCCCAUCGUCGAUGACGAGGGUCGUCUCACCUCUCUCCUCGCCCGCUCUGAUCUCCUCAAAAACCAGAACUACCCGCUUUCUAGCAAGGACCCCACUACCAAGCAGCUAUAUGCCGCUGCUGCAGUCGGCACGCGACCUAGCGACAGAGACCGCCUCAAGCUCCUUGUCGAGGCCGGCCUCGAUAUCGUCGUCCUUGACUCAUCGCAGGGAAACUCCGUGUUCCAGAUCGACAUGAUUCAAUGGAUCAAGCAAACGUUCCCCAAGCUCGAGGUCAUCGCAGGCAACGUCGUCACUCGCGAGCAGGCUGCCAGCCUCAUCGCUGCGGGGGCAGAUGCCCUCCGCGUUGGCAUGGGUAGUGGCUCUAUCUGCAUCACGCAGGAAGUCAUGGCUGUCGGUCGUCCACAGGCCACAGCCGUGUUCGCUGUUGCAGAGUUUGCGUCCAAGUUCGGUGUCCCGGUGAUUGCAGACGGUGGUAUCAGCAAUGUGGGGCACAUCGUCAAGGCACUUGCCCUUGGUGCAAGCGCCGUUAUGAUGGGAGGGCUUCUUGCAGGUACCACAGAAGCACCGGGAGAGUACUUCUACCACGAUGGAAAGCGUGUGAAGUCCUACCGAGGCAUGGGUAGUCUUGAGGCUAUGGAGCAGGGUAGACCGGGGGCGUCUGAUCAGGUCAACGGCAAGCCCGGCUCCACGAAGCACGCACCACAACCCUCGAGCAAGCCCCAUGAGAACGCCGCCACGACGCGUUAUUUCUCCGAGUCCUCUGCUGUCAAAGUCGCACAAGGUGUGUCGGGUGACGUCCAGGACAAGGGCAGCGUCAAAGCGUUCGUCCCAUACCUACACGUUGGCGUUCAGCACAGUCUCCAGGAUAUUGGGGUGCGCAGCGUUUCGGCGCUGCAGAAAGGCGUGAAGGAGGAUCGAGUGAGGUUUGAGAUCAGGACGCCGAGCGCACAGGUGGAGGGAGGCGUUCAUGGGUUGCAUUCGUACACGAAGAGAUUGUAUGCUUGAUAUGAUACGGCGGUUCGCUAUGCCAGCUACUACCCCAUAUGACCAGUAUUUUACAUGUAGGUUCCUGCUUUGUAUGCAUAAAAACAAGGGAAAUUUGUAUGUACAUCAUUGUCGAUCGAAGAAAGCUGUGAUCAUCUUGUUUCAGCGAACUGGCUUGCGCCUUCAAUG